UUUUUAAGCUUGUGUUUGUACCACAUGUCAAACAAUCAUUUGAUUAUUUUCAUUACUGGCGCCACAGUAGGUCUUGGUCGAUUAGCUGCCAAAAAGUGUCUUCAAUUGGGCCAUACGGUCAUUAUCACCGGUCGUUCAGAGGAAAAACUAAAGGACGCUAAACAAUGGAUUCUGAAAGACUUGCAACCUGAACAUGAAAAAAACUUACAUGGUGUUGUGAUGGAUUUGUUGGAUACUCCCUCUAUGAAAAAAGCCGUUGAAACAGUAGGUUCGCUUGUGCCUUCGAUUGAUGUGAUUGUCCAUAAUGCAGGUGGUACUCGUCGUGAGUUUUCACAAAUACAAAAGAUUGAAAGCACAGUCUAUAUGAAUGCUGUUGCACCUCUUUAUCUGAACCAGUUAUUGCUGCCUUUGAUUGAAAAGUCUCAACAUCCCUCCAAGCGUAUCAUCUUUAUUGCCUCUCAGAUCCAUAAUCCUGAAAUCAAUGGUGGUGGAGGUGGUGAGUCACGCAAAAUCCCAAAAGAUGUUCAUAUCGACGAUUUAGCGGGUGACAAAAAGUCGUGGGAUUCAAUGAAGUAUUACAAAAUGUCGAAAUUGGCCGUGAUUUGGGGAGCCUUUGCAUUGGCUGAAAGAUAUCCUUCAAUCAAGAUUGUGGCUAUUUGCCCCGGAUUUGUGCCUACUACAGAACUUGCUCGUAACUCAAGCUAUGUCCUCAGGGUAGCCAUGAAAUAUGCCAUCUCCAAAUUCAAUUUUGCUACUUCCGAAGAAGAUUCCACUGACUUUUAUAUUUCCCAUAUCACAAACCCUGAUCUCAAGACUGGCACCUAUUACGAAAAGACAAAAGUGGCUACUCCUUCUGUAGACGCUUUAAACAAGACCAAACAAGAAGAGUUUUAUCAACUUGCUGAAAAGACAAUGCAAAGCAUGUAAUAAAGA